AUCGAAAUGUACUCUCUUUGUUGGAUAUUCUUGUUAAUCGUAGCGAUUAGCACCAUCAGUGAACAACAGCCAACCUUCUCCAGGAAUACGUUCAAAGGAUUGAACGGUGUGACAGUAUGGAGCGAUGCGGAGAACAGAGACGAAAUAAGGGCUGUUUAUUACCAUGACCAGACUGUUGCUCUGGUCGACCUUGGAACUAACAACGAGUUGCACAAUUGCAACUUGAUUGAAGUAUACGAACAAGAAGAAGCCACUGAAGUUCUAAGGAACCUAUCGUUGAUUACGGCUCCGCAGUUAGUUACAUUUCAAGAAAUGACAAAACUCAUGCAACAGUGUGAACUGUUAGAUGAAGUACGCGACGAUGCGACAUCCAGUUCGAUGAUAAAUACAAUGAGCAAAAGUAUUCAUGGAAUGGGGAGCGUCUUAUCUCUUCUUUCAGGCAUCUUACCAGGUACCAAGUGGUGUGGAACCGGAGAUAUUGCUGAAAACUAUCAUGAUUUAGGCGAAGAAGCUCAAAUUGAUAGAUGUUGUCGCAGUCAUGAUCUUUGUCCUGUUAAAGUCCGAGCUCAACAAACGCGGUACAAUAUCACCAACUAUUCCAUAUAUACCAAAUCGCAUUGCGUGUGCGACGAGGCGUUGUAUUAUUGUUUAAAAGCUGCUACGAAUCCGGCUGCCCACUUCAUGGGUCACUUAUAUUUCAAUGUAUUUAAAAUACCUUGCAUAGAGGAUGAUCCACCGGCCGAACGGACUUCCGUAGGAUUAGGAAGACGAUUUAUUCCUGUUAAAAUGAAUUAUUAGAAUGAUUCUGAUAGAUAUUAACAGAUGCAAUUUAUGUUGUAUAGCAGUAAUUUUAAUAUUUUUAUACCACAAAUGUUGUACAAGUUUUUUGUAGUAAGAAAUGGGGAAAGGAUAUUUAUUAUUUAUAAUUCUUGUUAGUAGUAUACAUAUGUAAAUACAUUAUGACAUAGUAAAGCUUACAUGACAUUUCCAUUCAA